ACUGCUCAGGUGCAGAGGACCCUCUCUGGCUUCCUACGUCACUUCCUUUUGUGUACGUCUGCGGGGCUGCUGUACUGUCUGACUGGGACAGAGGGUUUCCACGCUAGGCAGGCGACUAACUACAUUAAACCCAUAAAUCUGUCCAGGAUUUCGGAAACUAUUUGUCGUCCUGUUCAACAUAACUGUCCAUCUAGCUGGAGAUCGGGGGACUUUAUUUUCUGGCUGGUUUGCAAUACGCUUCACUGACCCACUGCAGCAGCAACAGAACAAGCACGCCGCUGCUGUUGUGGGAGAAGAAAACAAGCUCAGCGAGCAGUCAGCUAAGCUGUGUGAUCAUUGACAGAGUUCAGUACACACAGGCUUCAAGUAAUAACUGGUUGGACCUUUGUGCAGCAUACCUCUGAGCCUCUUCAAGAACCCACGAUUGGGAAUAUUUUUGUCACUAAAGUCAAGGGUUUUUUAAAAAAUCUGAGCCACUGUCAGGCACGUGACCAAUUGGAAAAAGUUUGCACAAUUUUACCAGCUUGUCUGCAGCCCCCUCCCACCCCAGACAGUCUUCUGCCCCAGCAUGAAUGAAGUCAGUGUUGUGAGAGAGGGAUGGCUCCACAAGAGAGGUGAAUACAUUAAAACAUGGCGGCCUCGUUACUUCAUCUUAAAGAGUGAUGGCUCCUUCAUUGGCUACAAAGAGAAGCCUGAGGUGUCCAGUGACCACAGCCUGCCACCACUCAACAACUUUUCUGUCGCAGAAUGUCAGCUGAUGAAGACAGAGCGCCCCAGGCCGAACACAUUUGUCAUUCGUUGCCUGCAGUGGACCUCAGUUAUUGAGCGCACAUUUCACGUUGACACCAAUGAGGAGAGGGAGGAAUGGAUGCGAUCGAUCCAGGCGGUGGCAAAUAGCCUGAAGAGUCAGCAGCAGGAUGAAGAGCCCAUGGAGAUCAAAUUUGGCUCUCCGAGUGACAGCAGUGGCACAGAGGAGAUGGAGAUUGCAGUGUCCAAAUCCCACACAAAAGUGACCAUGAGUGAUUUUGACUACCUGAAGCUAUUGGGUAAAGGGACGUUCGGCAAAGUGAUCCUAGUGAAGGAGAAGGCCACAGGGAUGUACUAUGCCAUGAAAAUCCUCCGCAAAGAAGUCAUCAUUGCUAAAGAUGAGGUGGCACACACAGUUACAGAAAGCAGAGUUCUCCAGAAUACGCGACAUCCCUUUCUAACGACACUAAAAUAUGCAUUUCAAACACAUGACCGACUAUGCUUUGUGAUGGAGUAUGCAAAUGGAGGAGAACUCUUCUUUCACUUAUCACGAGACAGAGUGUUCACAGAAGACAGAGCACGAUUCUAUGGUGCAGAAAUAGUGUCAGCACUGGAGUACCUACACUCAUGCAAUGUAGUUUACAGGGAUUUAAAGCUUGAGAAUCUCAUGUUAGACAAGGAUGGCCACAUAAAGAUAACAGACUUUGGGCUAUGUAAAGAAGGGAUCACAGACGGCGCCACAAUGAAAACCUUCUGUGGAACCCCGGAGUACCUGGCACCAGAGGUGUUGGAGGACAAUGACUACGGACGAGCGGUGGACUGGUGGGGACUGGGUGUGGUCAUGUAUGAGAUGAUGUGUGGUCGGUUGCCCUUCUACAACCAGGACCACGAGCGUCUGUUUGAGCUUAUCCUCAUGGAGGAGAUCCGCUUCCCCAAGAAUCUGGCUCCUGAGGCCAAGGCCCUGCUGGCCGGCCUUCUCAAAAAGGACCCCAAACAGAGGCUUGGAGGCGGACCAGACGAUGCCAAAGAAGUGAUGAGUCACAAGUUCUUCACCUCCAUCAACUGGCAGGAUGUCACAGAAAAAAAGCUUAUCCCACCAUUCAAGCCGCAGGUAACAUCAGAGACAGACACACGUUACUUCGAUGAUGAGUUCACAGCGCAAAGCAUUACGAUAACUCCUCCAGACAAGUAUGACAGUUUAGAUGCAGAGGACUCAGAUCAGCGUACGCAUUUCCCUCAGUUCUCCUACUCUGCCAGCAUACGCGAAUGAUCACUCAGGCUCUUGAACAAGCAGGCCGGCUAACGCACUAUCACAAACCCACAUACACACUUGCACUGCUGGGGAAUUUGAAUGACACAAACAAAAACAGGCACAAGACACAUUUGCAUUCAGUCUUUAACGUGCGCGCACACAGAUAUGUGCACAUGCUGGCAAAUCAGUCAAGACAUGGACUAUAGAGUAUGAAAUGAACACA